GUUCGCUAAGCUUAACAUGUGUCACUUAUACAAGUGUUUAAUAGAUGGCGCUUUAUCAUCAGUGACACUUGCGCUAAAUCUAAAUUCAAAGUUUUUCGCGAUCUCAUUGUUAUCUUACUUUUUGGCUUUCAAUCUUAAAUCUUUGUGUAACGUUAAGUAUUAUUCAAACAAGUGUCUUUGCUGUUAGUGUGUUUUAUCGCUAAUAUACUGCAAUUUGCUAAUUACAUGUUUAUGCAUAAAUAAAUGCUGCUAAAGUUUACUUUUGUUGCAAUUAAUUACAUCUCUAGAUCGGAUCAUCUGUAUUUAAAAGUGAUUAGUCAGGCUUUUAAGCAUUAUUGAUUUCAAAAUGUUUAUCAAUGAACUUCCAGAGGAAUGUUUGCUCAUCAUUUUUGGUUCAAUAAAUGAAUUGGAUGAUUUAUUGAACUGCUAUAAAGUAUGUCGUAAAUGGAGCCAUUUAAUUGCAGAGCGAACCAGAAAAGUUAAAUAUUUGACUGAACAUGAAGGUGAUUGGCCAGAUAGGAAGCCAUUUCCAAGUUAUCCGCUGAAUCAUGUUUAUUAUCGAACAGAGGAACCAAUCGAUGGAACUUUUUUGAGCACAUUAUUUCCAAAUUUAAUAGUUCGUUGAAUAAUUCAACUUUUAUUGUUGGUCAACUAUUCAUUUUAUUAUACCUUUCAAUAUAGAUUAUCGAAUAUUCUAAAGGAUUUCGUAAAAAAGUAAAACAUGAAGAUAUCGUUCCAUUGGUCAAAAAAGUAAAACCUUUAAAAGGAUUAAUUCAUCAAUUUGUCUAUGGAGAUUCAAUUUUUGAAUAUUUUGUUGAACUCGAAAUGCUAUCCUACGAUGUCAUCGGUGCGUUCAUUGGACAGACUUGUGCAAAUAUCAAACAGUUGAAAAUUAAGGAUUUUACUGUAUCGGAUAGCUUCAGUGAUUAUGAACAUGCUUUUCCAAAUCUUGAAAGAUUAUGCGUGAAUGCUGAAGGCUGCCAAGAUGGACCCUACGGUGGUCCCAUAUUCAGAAGACUUAAAAUACUUGAAUUGUUCUUCACUUGUUACGCUGAUACAAGCAUUAAUUAUGGAUUCCAGUUCAUGGAUUCAUGUCCAAACUUACAGAGUGCCCAUGUUUACUUUGAAUCUAAUCGUAUUUAUGUUGAUGAAUCAAUUAAACACAAAUCUUUACAAGAUUUAGUCAUAGAAUUUUAUGAACCUUAUUGGAAGGAAAAUAUCAACUGGAAUGAAUUGGAAAGAUUGUUUACGAAAUAUCCAAAUCUUAAACAUCUUGCCCUGUGGAGCUACAAAAGCCUAGAAAAUGAAUAUGUUGAGCGAUUCGUCCGGAUAUUACCAAAUUUAGUGUUACUUGCUGUUCGUGGAUGUCCAAAAGUCAAUAAAAAUGCUGUUAACUAUGUACAAGAUUAUAAUAGACGACAUGGACGGGCGAUCAAAUUUUAUUUUGAUGAGAACCAACAUGAAAUUCAAUCAGAUUGGCCUCAGUUAUCAUCUAAACGUGAAAAAAUCAGUCAAGGUUUUGAUUUCAUGAAACAUUGUUUUCUUAAAGAUUUUAAUAGUCUUCCUACUUUCUUAGUACCUGGUGAGGACUGAAUAACCAAAUGGACACAUGUAUCGGUAUUUUAAUAAGU